CUUAAUGUGUUAUUUGGGAAGAAACAUUGGGUGGUAAAUACCGGGUCUAAUGUCUCACAAUUCUACGGUUAUCGCUUCGAAAUUUUGGCAGAUAUGGAGUAAAAGUUCGUAGAAGUUUUUUUAGGGAGUGACAGAUACAAUCAACAUAUUCAUUGGCGUUCGUUGAGCAUUGUGAGAAUAUCCCGUAGACGUUCAUAGUAGCCUAUUUCAAAGAUAUGUAGUCGCAUGCUAUACAUAAACAAUGGCAACUGACGGAUUAAUCUGGGCUCUCUGUGGUUUGGGUGUGGUCCUACUUGUUAUCUCACUCAUCGUCAUAUGGAGGCUGUACGCCAAGAAAUCCCGCCAGGUGGAGAAGCAACACCUCAUGGAUGGUGUGCCAUCUGAAGACGCUGGUAAAAUAAAUCGAGCUGUUAAAAUGUCUACUGCUACUCCACCUGAGUUCAUAAUACCGUUGCAACCUAUGACCCAGCGAGCACCCGUUGUUGUGGAUACACUGACCACCAGAAGUAGGGAGCGUUCUCCGUCGGGCAGUUCGCAAUCAAGUUUGGAUGUCACACCCGUUCGAAUUGCUACUGAAAGUACAUUAUUAUCAGGAGCAAAUUCAUGUGAAAAUAUCUCAACUGUCGGAAAUAUGACUCCUUUCAAACCACAAAUAUUGAUGAGCGGAAUACAUUACAACCAACCGGCUUCAAGAAUGGUGAUGCGAACAACCAGCGUACCAGCGGCCUCGAUGCGACGGCAACAACUUUACCGCGUACCGUCGGGAGUGGCGACAUCGUUCAGGGCUUUUGCACCAUCGAUGGAAGAUUUACAGCUAAUUGAAGGUAGGACUAAUAAAGCAACAGAAUUAUGUUUCGCAGUUGAGCAUUUCACACAAGAAGAAAAACUACGGAUUGUAAUUGAUAAGGCAACCAGGAUUCAAAUACCCGAAAAACAGAAAGAGCAUUUUAAACAGCCACUGAUAUUUGUGAGAGGUUGUAUGUUGCCAGGGAAACAAAAGAAAUUUAAAACAAAAAAUUCACCAAUCAGCAAUAUGAUGACUGACGUUGAUUGGCAGGAGGUGUUCGAUCUGGAGGGAAUCUCAUUCUCUGCAGUCUGGCAGAUUACCAUUCUACUCGAGGUUUACAUCAAAGAGACGUCAGGUAGAAGGAAACAUCGACUCGGCAUCUGUGAGUUGCCACUGGAGGACGUUGAUCUAUCGACUAGGCAGGCAUUCGUAAUGGAACUACAGGACUCGACUCCAGAGCCCGAGCUCGGUGAUCUUCAUAUAUCUAUUGUAUACCAGGCUAGCAAUCUCCGAGUGGUCAUGUAUAUAGCCGAAGCCAGGGACCUACCGAAACCAACAGGAAACACUAGUUAUUUUGUGAAAGUUGAACUCUUCCACUACCAGACGCGAUUAGAAAAGAAAAGGACAAAGAUGAUAAAAGGAACGAGCACGCCCAAAUGGACUGAACAGAUUGUGUUUCUUGUUCCUCCAGGAAAUGUAAACAUGGAUAAUGUACGUUUUACCAUCAGCUUAAUGAGCAAGGACAUGGUGAAAAGUAACCACGUGAUAGGCAUGUUUGAACUUGGCUGGGACUCAUCAUGUGAGGAGCUUGAAUACUGGACCGAUGUAGUUAAUAAUCACAACCGACCGAUAGUUCAGUGGCUAAGCUUACAAAAUCCGAACGAUUACAGAUAAACAAUAUUGAGGAAAAAAUACAUUGUUUCUUUACCUUCCAAACCGCAUUGGAACUGACCGAAGAAUCAUCAUCGUUCUCUGAAGCCUUAAUAUUUAAUGUGGGGGAAAACGCAGUGGCGUAUCUAGGGGUGCAUGCGCCUCCAAAAAUUACUCGCGCCCCCUCCCCAG